AUGGCGGGAACUGGUCAACCCCUUAGAAUACCAACCACUACACAGAUUAGCAAGUCACCGAGAAACAUACCGCAGGGCAGCUCAACGAAAAAUCUACAGGGAAACCCUACGUCAGCGGUAUCUCAGCCAUAUUUAAUAGUAAGGACACUAAAUACAGACCAACGACGCAAACCACCCCAAUCUACAUCAGCCAAUCAGAUCAACAAUUCCAAUACAUCAAAACUCAGAGCAGCCAAGCAAAUAAAUCCUUCACCUCGGCGAUUGCGUAUGAAUACACAGGACUUAAAGGGACAAAAAAGUAUCAAUGUCAGAAAAAACAUCGGUAGACCUUUCCAACAGAAUUCACAACGAGCCUCUCUUAUCAUACCCCCUGUCGUUAAAAUUAACCGUAAUCAAGGGCGACAACUCUCCAAAGCAUCAAGCAGAAAUAAUUUCGCACAGGUGUCCGGUAACAGAAAUCAAAAUGUGAGGAUAACAAAUAACCAAAAUACACAAAGGGAAAUAGCUUUAUCUCGGGGACAGAUGAUACGAAGAACUGGACAAUCAGUUGCUAUGUUGAAGCGUGGAGCACGCACUGGCCAAUUACCAAACCAAAUUGUUAGAAAAAUUCAAACCAAACGUGUUCCAAGUAACGUUGGGACUACUAGAGUUUUGAGGGGACGUGGUUCAUUUAUUCGUGGGCAGAGCAGCAUCAAAGGUCCUUUAAGAAAUUCCGGCAGUCUCCGAUCAAGUAGCAUGGUUCAACGCCACACCAGUAACAGAGGAGAGUUCAAACAAGGGGCGACAAAUCAAAUCAGAAUUUUAACACAGACUGAUACAUCGAAGCUGCCAAUGAAGGGUAUUAAUAGAAAGAUUCCGAUCAUGACACAAAACACAGAAAGAGGGAUGUGGAAAAAUGUACCUGUUGCUCCUGGUUCUGUUCCCUUAGACCAAUUGAAAAGUAACCAAGGAAACAUACAAAAACAGGUAUAUUCUAAUUCAGUCAUACACUCCAAGCCUCUCAUCAAUCAGGGCCGCGCUGCUACGAGUUUAGCUAACUCCAAAAAUAGGAUAUCUUCAACUCAAACUGCGCCGAAUGGUAGGACGGUAAUUGGCGGAAGUGGCGUAUUAGGAAGUUCGUCAGCAGGAAUAGCUACCAAUAACGCUAAAUCCGGGGUAGGGGUUGUUCAAAGCCAUGCCCCAAAUGGAACGAUUUCUUUGGAACUUAAUUUGAAGGCACCGAACACUCAAACAGCAGUAAAUGUCAAUAACGUUCAACCAGUUACGGGUCUUACAACCGGAAAUAGCAUAAAUUCUGGUGUUGCCACUUCCGGUUUGGCCAUAGUUUCAAGCUCCGCCGGAGGUGCAACCUCAACCAAUGCAGCGUCUGGCCAGGUUUUACAGAUUCAAAAAGUACACUCUGGAAUGACAUCUAACGGCAAAAAGAAAAUGAGUCUGACACUGUCUUCUGGAAAAUCAGGUGGUCAACCAAUUGUCAUAGAAGCUCUUGGAAACAUUAUCCUGUCACAGGAAAAGCUUCCAGAUGGUCGAGUUCAGUUUGUUAUCAAAACAGACACGCCCACUUCCGUUCCCACGGUCAAAUCUACAAUACCAUCGACAACGGCCACGCCCACUACGACGGUAACCACAGCAACGUCCACAGUGACGAUACCGUUAACAACCACCACUGCCAUUCUACCAACAACCACUGUCACGCUCCCGACAAGCACAAUAUUUCUAGAGGAAACGGAAAUGCCUGAACCUGGAGAGUUCACUCCCCCUCCUUCCGGUUUAGGGACAACUGAACCAAUGUAG